UCUUUGCAAAUAUUUCUCCAUUACUGGGCUCUUAGAAAAGCAAAACAAGAUCAUUUAACACUUCUCUGAGUUGAUGACAGAAAAUCGAGACCUGAGCUCCAAUCGCUUUUUACAAGGUCUCUGGUAACAGUGACAUCUAGGAGAUAGGUAGGGCCAGUCUGUCCGAGAGAGAGAGAGAGAGAGGUUUUAUUAUACGUGUGGAGCUAAUUUGGGCUUUCUCUCACAGCUCAUUCACUGUCCUUCCUGUUUUUUUCUCUUCCUCUCUGGUUCUUCCCAGGAACUCUUUGUCUGUUUAUGGACAUUGAAGACAAACUCUUUCUGUACACUUAAUUCCUCACCGCUGCUGCUUCCUUUCAGGGGCAUCAUCAGUCCCUGCAUUGUCUUCUUCUCCAUUGCAACUACCAACUAAACCACUGAUCAAAGUAAAAAGAGUUACUCAAAGGGAAUAAAAAAAAGAGAGACAAAGAAAGAAACCUUCAUGGAUCACUUCUCUUGCUGCUUCUCCAGCCUCAUUUCCACCCUCGUUCUUCUUUUUCUCGUGAGUUAUAAAGGUGGCGUCCUAGCUGCUACAUUCACAUUUGUAAACAAAUGUGAGUACACAGUUUGGCCUGGAAUUCUUGCCAAUGCUGGCAGUCCUAGACUUGACAGCACUGGAUUUGAACUCCUAAAAGACUCUUCUCGUUCUUUUAUAGCCCCAACAGGCUGGUCUGGUCGUUUCUGGGCUCGAACCGGCUGUAAUUUUGACGAGUCCGGGACUGGGUCAUGCUCAACUGGUGACUGCGGAUCAGGUCAAGUUGAAUGUAACGGACUUGGAGCUUCUCCACCUGCAACAUUAGCGGAGUUCACACUCGGGUCGGGUGGGCAAGACUUUUAUGAUGUUAGUCUUGUAGAUGGGUACAAUUUACCAAUGGUUGUUGAGGGUAGUGGUGGGUCGGGUAUGUGUGCUUCAACGGGUUGUGUUUCGGAUCUUAAUAGACAGUGUCCACAAGAACUGAGAAGUGGUGAAGGUGAUGCGUGUAAGAGCGCGUGUGAAGCUUUUGGGAGCCCUGAGUACUGUUGUAGUGGCGCGUUUAAUACGCCUGCCACUUGUAAACCUUCUGUUUAUUCAGAGAUGUUUAAGGCUGCUUGCCCUAAAUCUUACAGUUACGCUUAUGAUGAUGCUACUAGCACUUUUACUUGUAGUGGCGCUGAUUAUACAGUGACCUUUUGCCCCUCCUCUCCAAGUCAGAAAUCUUCAAGCUACUCAACACCAACGACGGAAGGAACAACAACAUCACAGGGGUCUGGUACAGGAUCCGGGCUGGAGUACGCGGGCACUGGUUCAGGUACUGAAUCUGGGGCGGGAUCUGGAACUGGAUCUGGAGGAGAAACCAUGCUAGCAGACGGGUCAUGGUUAGCUGGUUUAGCCAUGGGAGACUCAUAUAAAACUGCUUCUCCUUCUGCUCUACAAUCAACAAUAAUGGCUUUUACCACAUCUCUAGUCCUUAUUGUUACCUUUGUUUUCUUGUAGCACUAGGACCUUUCUCUCUGUAUCAUGGCUCCUGCUCUUGAAUGAAAAUUCUUUACAGAUUUGCAGCCUUGAUGGAUGCUUGGAUUUUGCCUUUGUCAGGAAGGCUGACAGAUUCUCUUAUCCAGAUUGUAAUCCACCCACUUCCAAGAUUAUCUUCUACUUUUAAAUUUUAAAUGUUAUAUACGUAGAAAGUGUUGGUUUUUCUAUUA